AAACUUGAAGAUGAUAUAAUUAUCAUGGCUCCGACAAAGGAAAUUACGACAGUUGAUAAAUUCGAAGAGACACCUACUGUUGUUAUUAAUUCCGUAGGAUCAGAUGAAAAUAUCACAAUUACUCGUAUAAAAUGUUCAAAAGACAAAACUUCCUCUUCUGCUGAUUCAGAUACAGAUGGUUCAGUGGAUCUAGAUGCUCUCAUAGCCGAAGGCAGUGAUUUAGAAUCUAGUGCGAUUCAUUUGAACGAUGAUGGUUUGGACGAUGGUGAUGAUAACUUUUGGAAAAUUGACCCAGCAGAGCUUGAAAGACAUUUGUCUCCAUCGACCACUCCCUUACGUCGUCCAUCACCAGACCCACAAAGUAUACCAUCUUUGGUUUCUUUGGCGAUGUCUACUAGACCAGUCAGUAUGAUCGCAGAAGAAGAAGAAGAAUUAAGUGAUACACCUCUAGAAGUUGACGGGCAAGAAGCUGAUGAUAUUUUAAAUACAUUUUCUAAUUCCAACGGAUUUCAUAUUGACGAUGAGGAGCAUCAGAUUGACAUGUCAUUAGACACACAAAUUACCCCAAUUUUGAAGCCAAUAUCACCUUCUCCAGCGCCUUCACCUUCUCCAACACUUUCAGGAGGAAAAUCCGGAAUUCCUACAGGAUUACCGAAGACUGCUUUCAGUCCACACUUUGGUCCGUCUCCUCUUUCACCUACUUCAUCCAGAGCCUCAUCGGUUGCAGAUCCAGAUGAAUAUGAAACAAUGUCAAAUGGAUCAUAUACUUCAGUUCGUUCGGCAGGAAGUGCAAAAUCUGCAACAUCAGGAAUACGGAGGCCGUCAAAUACUUCAGGACUUCGUGCACCUAGUCGAGCAGGUUCUCAUGUUUCAUCACCUUCAAGAAUGGUUCUUCCAAGUAGGGUUGAUUCACAUACAUCAAUCCCACCUCCAGGGCGACAAAGAUCACUGAGUAUUGUAAGUAACAGUUCCACUGAAGAGAGUACUACUUCUUCAGUGGGUGCCGCAUCGCCUUCACGGAUUGCUUCUCCAACUCGUGGGGUCCGCAUAUAUAAUCCCAUGUCACAAACUAUAACAGGAGGUGGUACUCGUCCAAGAUCUGUAAGCCGCAUAAGCAAUAGUUCAGCAGAAUCAUCUGCUACUAACGCUUCAACCACUGGUGUACGAUCGUUAAGCAGAGCUGGAUCGAAUAUUGGCACACCUAAAAUUUCAAACAUAGGUUCGGGCAUCCCGAAUCGUGUUCGUAACAGUAACGCUGAAAAAAAUGGAUCUACAGCACGUCCUGUUUCACAAUUGCAAUCUCCCUCUCCGUCUAGUUCGAAUGGUUUGUCACGGACGCCAAGUAGAGCUGGUUUGGCCAAGUCUCCGGGUCCUGCAACUUCCGUACGAUCACUAAGUAGGCUUGGUGGAAACACCGCUGAGACUCCUAAACAAAAUACUAUAAAAAAAAUUCGACAUCAAUCUCAUAUUGUUAAUGGUCAACCUUCCAAUGAUAGUUAUUCCACGUUUAGUCCAAAUGCUGCUUCUGGUAUUAGAUCACCGUCUGGUUUAAGAGGUUCUACAAUUACUCGUAUUGGUAGUCGUCAAAGUUCCGAUAGCCUAUCCUCUCCCGACGAUUAUGUUAUAUUUACCCCUCCAGAGUCACCUACAAAUGCUUCAGAAACAGAUUCUCUCACUUCCUUAACAAGUUCUGUUUCUUACGGUUCUUCACCUGGCAGAGGUACAUCUCCAAUACCUACUUAUAAUUCUGCGUCAAUGAUUACUUCUCCAACUAGAAUUUCAUCAAAAUCAAGCAACCGAACAUCAAUGAUAAAACCUCCUGGUGUAAGUAAACUUUCUUAUACCAGAAAUACUCAUGCAACUCCUGGCAAUAAGGAUUCUAGCCGAUAA